UUCCUUUUUCCUGCCCUUGGAAGCAGCACGAGACUGUCUGUUCGGGAUCAUAACAUGGCUAAACUGAGCAAAGAGAGCAAACAGCGGCUGCAGCAGCUGUUCCAGUGCGGCCAGUUUGUCAUCCGAUGGGGUUUUAUUCCAACCGUGCUGUACCUCGGUUUCAAACGAGGAGCAGAUCCAGGGAUGCCUGAACCUACUUUCUUAAGCUUGCUCUGGGGCUGAGGAACAUCUUCACACGACCAAUCCCUAACCAUCAACCAAACCAUGUGACCCACCUGUGACUGGACGAAAUGGACUUCUUUUGCUUUCCCCUCUAAAAAUAAUAAUGAUCAGAUGACAUUUGUACAUUGUUUCUCACUAUCUGUAAAGUAUUGAUUGGAUGUUAUCCAUUUCCAUGUAGUCUGUAACUAUGGUACAUGUACAGAGAUGUGUGAACAGGUUUGUCCCUUGAAAUACACGCUGAUUGGACUAUCAGUUGGAGGGUUAUUUUUUGUUAAUGCGAAGCACUGAUGUUUGUUUCCUGUUUUUUUCUUAGUUUUUAUUUGUAAUUUAACAUUUCUGAAAAUAAAUCCUCAAAGAAACGACUCUUUUCUUCCUUAAUAUAAACAAUCCAGUCGCUUUCAUGCAGAAGAAACUGAUAGCAAAUAUUUUACUGAGCAAUUAUAAAGUUUUGAUAUAUCAAAUGUAUCAAUCUUACAUGGUAAUGAUGAGUCAUAGUCAUAGAUUAACGGGAACAUUUUCCGUCCACCUUUAAAUGUGUGUGUAUAAAUGUGUUGAGUUGACUGAUCUAAAUCUAAGUGUCAAGAUUCAUGCAUUUGCAGAAUGCGCUGCUGCGUUGAAAUGUGUGAAAUGUUGGGGAAAGAAUAAGUCCUUGCUUUUUAUGCAAAUGAUUUUUUUUUUUAUUUCAGCAUAUGCAAAAAAUAAAGUCAGUUGUGUUACAUAAGA